AUGCAGGCCCAGGCUGCGCGAUACAAUGGUCACCCGAACUCCCUUCAUCCUCAGCCGCAAUCGGCGCAGCAUCACCCACAACACCAUCCCGCCCGUCCUCCCCCUGACCCCGCCGAGAGCGAUGAUGCUGCCCAACAGAGUGCCGACGAUGCCGAUAACAAUGAAGAUGACCAGAACGAGGCCACUCGGCUAGGCAAGCGCAAGCGGCCCCUCUCUGUGUCGGGCUUAUCACCUGCUCUGCCGAAUUGCACCCUAAGCCAAGCCCAUGCUAAUGUUAAGUCCUUUGUCCCAGAUGUGAAAUGCGAUCGCGGACAGCCUGCCUGUGGAUGGUGCGCUCGCAAUGGCGCCCCUUGCGAAUAUAAGGAGAGGAAAAAGCCUGGGCUACGUGCCGGUUAUGGUCGUGAGCUGGAGCAGCGCCUCGAUAAGCUCGAGGAGAAGUUACGCCAGCAUGCUGAGAUAUUGCAGGUCUUGACCUCUAACAUGAAUGCUGGGAGCGGUCUCGGCAGCAAUGUUGGGUCUGCGGCACAACCGAAUCCUCCGAGUAUCAAGGGGAGUCAACCGAGCGAGCAGGGGACUCCGAAAGAUCCAAUGCCGUCGUCAAUGUUUUCCAGGCCGAACAGCGAUCCGAUACCUACUCCACACCCUGAAGCGAACAUGUACGGGCACCAAAAGUCCUCUCGGUCCAUUGAUUACGAGCCAUCUGCUGCGCAGGUGCCGCAAGACAGCUACUCUACGACAGGUCUCUCACCUCGAACUCAUAUGCAGCCCGCAGCCGCAUUAUCGGGUGCUGCUGGUCCCAGUACAUCAGGAGAGGAGUACUAUGGGAAUGCUCCUUCUGUUGCUGCUACCUUGCAGUCUCCUGCUACUGUGUCGCAACGAUCUAGUCAUGUCGUUCACGAAGCAGAGCUACCACCCUAUGACCUCCUGUACUCCCUAGUUGAUCUCUACUUCAAACAUAUCAACACAUGGUGUCCUAUUCUACACCGCAAACACACAUUCGAAACAUUCUUUGGACAAUCCAUGAUAGAUGAGGAGGAUAAAGUUCUUCUGCAUGCUAUCGUCGCGACGACCCUACGAUACUCAACAGACCCCCGUCUCACAGAUGAGAGCCGGCAGCGCUUUCACGACUCGUCGAAACAGCGGGUGCUCCUUUAUGGCAUGGAACACCUGUCUGUUAAGACGCUUCAGGCCCUUGUCAUCUUGGCACUGGAUCUCUGCGGGACAAGUCACGGGCCACCUGGAUGGAAUGUCAUGGCCUUGAUCACACGGGCCGUUGUGCAAUUGGGGUUAGCUGUCGAGAGCAACUCCUUCAUGGUUGCCCCAAGUUACACAUCCAUCUACACACUUCGAGCUAUGAUCCUACCAGAGCCCCGUGACUUUAUCGAGGAGGAGUCGAGGCGGCGGCUAUUUUGGAUGGUGUACCUCCUUGAUCGUUACGCGACGAUCGCGACAGCAUUUGAGUUUGGUGUCGAUGACCGGGAGAUUGACCGCAAGCUACCAUGUCGUGAAGACCUCUGGCUCAAGAAUCAAAAGGUUGAGACCCGCUGCUUCAGUCCUGCUGAUGACAGCUGUAAGCCUGGUGGCCCAUGCGGUGCUCCCUCAGGGACCUUCAUCGACAAGCCCGAAAACUUGGGCGCCUUCAGUUAUUACAUUGAGAUUCUUGGGAUCCUCUCUAAUAUCCACAAAUUUCUGAAGCGGCCUGUCGACAUCAGCGCCCUGGCCGACGUCGAGACCUGGCAGAUGCGCUACAAGGAGCUCGACAGCCAGUUGGCGACCUGGAAGUACGAGCUUCCUCCUGAGUACGGUAACAUGGAUAAGCUCUACCAGCCGGCCGCCGCCAAGUCCAUCAACUGCUGCUGGAUCAUGCUUCACGCGACUUUCCAUACAGCCGUCAUUCGUCUACACUCCUCUGCCGCCUACCCUACCACCCGUUCCCCCAUCUUUCGUCCCUCCUACCUUGCAUCCCAGCGUUGCCUUGGGGCUGUCGCAGAAAUAGCCAAAAUACGACAGUUCGUUGUUAGCAACAACCUGCUCACCAAGCUCGGUCCUCCGUUUGCCUUUACCUUAUGGGUCGCCGCCCGCGUGUUGCUUGUCCAUGGCAGCACUGUCGAGCGUAAGCUGGAUCAAAACCAGAUCGCUCCGUUUGUGGAUACCCUGCGCGAGAUGGGAAGGUAUUGGCCUAUUGCGAGCAGGUAUUGUAACCUGCUAUGCAGGGUGCUGGACGAAUACCAUGACAGCGAGCGCCAGGGACGGGGCGAGACGCCGAGCAGUGUGGCCAUCCUAGCGGAUAUGCGUCGUACGGCGUUCGACCUCGACUGGUUGAUCAGCCGGCAGCCGAGGAUAGGCAACGGGGGAGCUGCACAUGUCGGGGGACUUGGGACCUCUGGGAUCGGGCAUGCUAUCGGCUCCGCCUGUCCUGGUCCUGGUGUCUCGGGGAGCGGAUGGCAGAGCCGCUUCGCGAGUGUUACUCCUGCGGCGAGGACGCCUCAGCCGAACGAGCUCGAGUAUUUGGAUGUGUUUGACUUCUUUAAUGUGCCCCGAUUGCCUGUCGGGCAGCAGCAAGCCCAGACUUCGGCCGGAGCUGACGGGGGAGGAGGGCCUGCCACGGUAGCGAGUGCCCCAACGGGCGCGGGACAGGAGGAGGCAGUCAACGGGUCUGCGGCCGUGGUGCAAGGCCCACAGGUCGUGCCGCCCGGGGAGUUUAAUAUCACGGAUUUUAUGAUGGAACCGAGUAGGGAUUGGCUUUUUCCUCAGCAAACUUAA